CGGGCCGAGGCGGCGUGACGUCAGCGCGCAAAGCGCACGUCCCCCCCCGCCAACAUAAAUAGCCGGGUGGAAGGCGGCUGGUACUGGAAAACUGCAGAGUCGGGUCGGUGGUUUGGGGGGAAGAACACCGGUUCCUGGUAUCCUGAUUACAGCUAAGGCCAAGAUGAAUUCGAUACACGCCCAUGCUGGGGAGAGUGCCAGCUUCCAAUUCAAAGAUUCCUUAACUAAUUGCCUACAGGCUAAGCGAGAUCUUGAAACAGCCAUCAACAAUAUCAUUCAGGCUGAAAAGGAAAUAAAAGCAAACAGCCAUGAGGUAAAAUUCCAAAUUCAUAGUUGUAUCAGCCGUCAUAUGGAGUGCCUGCGGAGUAGAGAAGUUUGUCUCUUGGAGCAGAUUGACCUUGUUCAACAGCUGAAGGAGGAAUCCCUGCAACAGCAAAUUCAGCAGCUCUAUUGGCUGCUUGGUCAAUUCAAUUGCCUUAUUCAUCAAUUGGAAUAUCCCCAGAAUAACCAUCCAACAAGUGAAGUUACAGCCUGCCUGGAGAGAUUGAAGAACCUAGCCCUGAAACCAGAAGAAUCUCCAAUCCUGAAUUUUGAAGCUGAUGUCCCUUCACUCCGCCAAGCCAUUACAAGCUUUGGGGCCAUUAAAACUCCGGGUUCAGAAAAGGACUGCAAGAGUACUUGCGGCAUGUCAGUUGAUCUGGAUUACUGCUUUGUACCAAUGCUAGCAAAGAAGACAUUCCCCAAUGGUAAUGAAUGCCCACUUGCUGACUGGCUGUAUAGCCCUCCAGUGAAGCGGAUGCCAUUCCUAAACAUAGACUAUCCACUGAAGCCACCCAGCCAGGCAGCAUCAAAUGUUCGAGCUUGGGAAUGUCAACAGGGCCUUGACCACUCGCUGUCUUUCAGUAACCAAAAGAGCAAUCCAGCUGAGAACACCACUACUCAACAAUCCACUGAAACCACCAGGAUCUGUAAUCGGGAACCAAAGGACGCAGACUACUACAGAGAGCAGGCCUGGGGUGAUCGACGGGGUCUUGAGCACUGGCUGCUUUCUAGCGAGCUGGAGAAUGAAUCCACAGAGAAGAAUGAAGCUGCAAAGAAGAAUGAAGCCGCAGAAAAGAAUGAAACUACAGAGAAGAAAUCUGCACAACAAUGCAUGAGUUCUGCCCGUGAGAUCCAAAUUGAUCUUAAUUACUAUAAAUUACAGGCUUGGAGGCAUCGUCAGGGCCUUGAGCACUGGCUCCUUCCUGUUGAGCAGAAGUCCAAACCUAGCAAGGAAGCUCCUGCACGUGAACGUUCUGAAUCAUCUGGUAGUUCUUCCAGUUUUGAGCUAGUAGAGCAAUUUGACAUGGAGAUUGUGGACCAAGACGAGAAAGAACUGAGGGCACUCACUGGAAAAAUGAGUGGCUGCAAUGUGAAGCGCACACAUGCUGAAAAAUUGAGUAGCAGCAAUGAGGAAGAUAAGUGGAAAUCCAUAACUCGGCCUUUCAGAGAGAAGUUUAUUGCCAGUGAGUGGCUUAUGCCUAGCAAGUCUGAAUCCUGUGUCAGUUGCUGUGCAGUUAAAACAAAAGCAAUAGAAAUAGAAAAUCUUGGAAAUUUGAAGUGCCUGAGUGAGCACCACAAUGCCAGAAAGUCCCCGCCUGCUUCACCAAAUGCUGCUCGGCGAUUUCAGCAGUCCAUGUUGCCAUUUCAAGUGGCUGAUGUCUGUAAGGCUAAUGAGCAAUGCAGCAGCUUCUCUGAAUGUGUGUGUGGACGGAGUUGUGAAAAGGAAGCAAUCAAUGAGUGGCUUCUCAAACAAGGAGGGAAGGACAAGAAUGGAGUGCAGACAGACCAACCAAACAAAAGUAUUACAGCACCAGAGAAGGUCGAAUUAGAGCAGUGGCUGCAUCCCUUGUCAAAAUCAGCAAGACAGCUACUUACAGAGUCUUCUGUCAAUAUUCCUGUAAAGUCACUGGAAGACUUGAAGUUAAGCUCUCCAUUCAACACUCAUAUAAAUCUAGUGGAUAAGUUGACGUACAAAAAAAAUGAGGAUACUGAGAAAGGAGCUGAGCUUGAAGUGGAAAAUAAAUUUUUGUUACGCAAGAAAACACAUGGAUUGAAUGGUAUCCCUGAAGUGUCCAAUCUUGUAUCUAAUCUGAGCCUUUCUGUUGGUCGAGAGAAGCUUCUGGUGAAGGAUCAAUCUAAAUUGUUUGAAGAUUUGUUUUCACCCUUUAAGGAGCCUUUUGAUCCAGAGAAAUGGCUCUAUGAAGGUUCUCACCAGAUUGAACAAGACCCAAAGGGAGCUCAUACUCCAGAGCUUAGUGGAGUAUGUUGAUUGUGAGAAAUGACCAGACAUGGACCCUCUGUUAGCUUUGAAUCAUCCAUGCUACAGAUGAAUUGAUUGACCGGCCUUUAUUCUGGAGUGACAUCAGGCACAUUUAUCACCUCAGAUUCUGCUGAAUUAAUUCUUUGCUUCUGCCUUGAAGACCAUUUUUGUGUUCAGAUCCUUUGUGUGUGAGUUGUACUGUGAAACUCUGUAGCCUCAACAUGUUUGGGAAGUCUAUGUAAUUGGGAUUCCUUCAUUCCCACCCCUCCUCUCCACAAAAUGACCAUUUUCAUUCUAGGCAUUGUGCAACUGGUCUAAUAGCUAAAAUCCUCCAGAACAGGAUUCAUAAUGCUUAGUGAGGUGAACGAAGCUCAUGAGACUUGCCCUGUAUUGGAGGAUUUCUAAUUGAUUUAGUUAGCACUACUGCUAAUUACACUGUUGGAAAAGGUGGUGAUGAAUUAUAUUGACACAGUAAUCUCUGCUGUUAUAAACCAAUACCUCAUUGCCUUGUGUUGGGCAUUAGAGUUGAUGCAGUAAGUGCUUGCAGCAGAGAGCAUAGUGCACCAGUUUCUGUGUCGGCAGGCUCAGUUCACAUUUCACUAAGCCACUUCUGUAGUGGAUUUAACAUACUUUGUGGUCUUUAUCUGUCAUGCAAUAUAGUAACCCAGUCCAGUGAUAGACUUUAAAUUACUGCAGUACAAUCUGAGCUCAGCACAAAUGAAUACACCAUUUCUUCUGAGAUUGGUGUAUUUGUGUUCAAGGUGUGUUACUUGCCUUUGGUGAAUGUUAAGUCUUCUCAGACAGUUUAUUUGCAGCAGAUAUUCGCAUUAGAAGAUGAAAUAUAUUGGAUCUGUUGUUUUGACAUUUCUAGUUAAAUGCGUAGAGUCUUGAAGGAGGGUCUUGGCCCAAAAAGUUGACUGUUCAUUUCCAUAGUUGCUGCCUGACCUGCUGAGUUCCUGCAGCAUUUUGUGUGUAAAUGGUUCAGUUUUAUUUCCUUAUUUAAAGAAAAUUGGGUUCUUUAGUAAGUUGCAAAACCAGUCUAAUCCAGGAUGACCAGUUACCGUAGUGGAAUGUGCACAAGUGAAGAACACGGUAAUCUGUCCCAUUUCACUAGUUUUGCCAACAACAAAUCCACUUAAUCCAUAACAAAAUAUUUGGUGCUAGCCAGUACUAAUUUGGCACAAAAGGAAUCAAGAACUUGAUUCCAUCAGUUGUACCCAUGGGGGGGGGGGGGGGCGGGGAAGAGAAAGAGAAAA